CCCCAGCAAAACAGGAACCACAAACCCCAGCUUCCUCUCACAGAGUGGCUGUGGCUUGUGGGGAGACGGAAAUGGCUGAGGUGUGAAUAUAAGACCUGAGUCACUUGAGCUGCAAUUGCCACAUGCCCCAUCCCCCACCCCCAAUUCUGAGAUCUUUUGUGCCCACUUUUUUCUUUCUGGCCUUCCCCGUCACCCUUCAGCUCAACAUGUACACCUGAGUCGUCUGCGUGGUGCACACCCAUCUCCUAGCCUGGGCUGAAAGCUGCCAUGGCGUUCAUUGGAGGGGAUGGGCAGGGCCUAGGGUGGGGUGUGUCAGGGAGAGACAGGGGAAGAGGAAGUGGGUCCUGGGGAAGACUGGCUUGUCUUAGUGGGUGGGGACGGUCACUGUCAGCUUUCUGGACACACAGCAGAGACAGGAUGGAUUUCCUCCGGCAACAUCUCUCUGGGCUACAUCAGGCCUUGAGGGGGGCACUGGAUUCCUUCAGCACCUUUAUCUCCUACCUUAUGGGAGAUGAGGUCCUCACUGCAGAGAGGAGGGAGGCGCAGGCAGCUGAGGAACUGGAGGAAGUAGCUGCAGGAAGGCCAAGGCCAGGGAGGGCUGUAGAGGAGGAAGCCCAGGAGGCCCUGGAGGGCCUUGGAAGCAGCCAAAGGCAGGGUGAUGGAAGGCUGAGAGGGCCUAGAGAGGCUGGUAGAUGCCAGGAGAGAGGCUCAGCUACAGAACAGACCUGGGGCUGGGGGGAAGGCAGCUCCUAUGGGUCACAAGCAGAUAAGCAGGACACUGGGGCCUGGGAAGCAGCCACAGCCACCAGGUGCCAGCAGCCAAGAGGCCUCUUGGAGACCAGGAAGAAGUCUGAAGCAGUAUCUGAGGCUCAUCAAGACAGGAGUAGUCCAGCUCAGGAAAGUCAGGAGCCCGAUGAGCAGGAAGUGAACAGAGGGGAGACACUGAGAACCUGGGAACAGGAGGAGGAGGAGGAAGAGGUCAGGGCGGAAGAGCCAAGGGUGGCAAGAGGGGCAGAGUCAGAGUGGACCUGGCACAGGGAGCUUGAGGAAAAGGCCAGCACUGGUGGGCAAAAGGUGGCAGGGGACAGCAGGGAGUCAAAGCAGGUGGUCAAGGAGGCAGUGGAAGAGGAGAUCCAGGGGCCUGGCACCAAAGGGGCUGUGAGGGAAGAAGAGGUGGCAGUAGUGGCGAGGGAUAGCCAAAGCAUAAGGGCCCCGGAGCCACAGGAGCCAGGGACAGAAUCUGAGGAUGGGGCAACCAAGGGCAGGGAGGAGGCUGGGACAACCUCACAUGGGGAAGAGGCUGGGUCAAUCUUGGGCAGAGAGGAGGCCAGGGUAACCCCAGGCAGGGAAGAGGCUGGGUCAGCCUCAGGAGGAGAGGAAGCCAGGAUGACCUCAGAUGAGGAGGAGGCUGACCUACCAAGAUUUAGGGAGACAGAAUAUGGGAUAGUCCCAGGAGAAAGGAUCUCAAAGGACAUUGGGAGAGUCUGGACCCUAGAAGAGGCCUCCAAGGGAGACCAAGAGGAGGUGGAUGAGAAUAGGGAGGCUGAGAUAAACCUUUUCCCCAAACAGACGCAGGCCCUGGGAACUGAGGGAAUGGAAAAAGCAGCUAAGGACCAGACAGCAGGGAGGGAGACUGCCAAAGGCCAGGGGUCAGAGGAAGAGGUAGGGGAGGACUUUGAAGUCCAGGCAGAUGAGGGUUGGAAAGAGGCUGUGGAAAGGCAAGACUCAGAGGUCAGGGCUGUUCAAGUCAGUCUGGAGGAUUUGGUGCAGGCAGAGGAGGCCAAGGCGGAGGAAGAGAGUUGCUGGGCUGCAGAGGCUGAACUGCUCACGGGAAGAGUGACAAGCAAGGCUUAUGGUAAUGCUGACUUGGAGGCCACUCCAGAGGCCAGGCCUGAGAAGGAGUUCAGUGGAGAGAGGAGUGAGGAAGAGGCCCAGACAUACCAAGAAUUAUUUGGGGUGGAGGGGAGUGGCCUCAAGCAGGAGAGGACUGAAGGCCAGGAACCUGAACUGAUGGGAUGCCCCCAGACCCCAACAGAGCAACCUAAAGAAGGGCAAGGGGGUAAGGAAAAGCCCUGGAACAUUCCAGCCUUGAGCAAAGAGCAAAUGGAAAGGAGCCUGGAGGAAUAUCCCAGGAACAUGGGGUAUACAAAGCCUGACACUUUUGAGGCAGAAGCCUGGGAAAACUGGAGAAGAGAUAUGGAGAGAGAGGAUAUCCAGGAGGAAAAAGCAGGUGCUGAGGGAGAGGAGGGGGCUGCAGGAGGCCAGGCACAGGAGGCUGAGGCUGAAAGAGACCGAGAGUCUGCGCUGCCAGAUGUCCUGGAGUCUGGCGGGGGGUAUAAGGAAGCAGAGUGUGAAGCAGAGGAGGGAGAGGCCCCUGGAGCAGAGAUCCAGGAUCUGGGUGGAAGGUGUGGGGCAGAAGCAGGGACAGGUCAGUCACUGGGAGAGUCAGAUGCCAGAGAAACCAAGAAUGAGGAGGUGGUGCCCUGGGGGGCAAACAGAACAUUCAGUGGAGACCAGAGACUGGAAGAGGUGUCUCUGAGUCUCCAAGACAGUGAAGACACCUGGGCCAGUUCUUUGGCUUCUGUGAUUGUGGAGGAUAAGGCAGCUCACGACGGAAGGGCAGCUGGGGCUGGGGAAGCAUGGGGUGUGGUCUUUGGGACAACCUGGGACUCAGAAGGCAGAGAGGAAGCUGAGGGAGGUGGGAAGCUGAUGGAGGCUGCAGAGGGAGAGGAUAGGGGAGGGCGGGGGUUUGGCCUGGAGGGCUCAGAGGAGGAGGUGACUCGUAGAGGUGGCAGAGCAGGGGUUGUUGAGGGUGAGCCUGGGAAUGGGUGGGCAGAGGUCGGGGAAUCUGCAGUGGCACAAGGAAGCUGCAGGAUGGAUGGCUUUACCUUGGGUUCCCGGGUGGUGGGGGCUGAGGGGACCAAGGCCAUAACGGAGGCUAAGAGGCAGCCAGGAGGGAAGAUGCUGUUGGAAAAGGAGGCUGGGGGAUGGCAAGGGAGAGAGCAGGGGCAAGGCAGUCAGGGACAGUGUGGGGACCACCACCCUGAAGGAGAGGCACGAAGGCCCCCUGAUGUGGAGGAUGUCAAAGUGACUGGAGACCAGAGGGCAGAGGCUGAGGACACUGAUCCAGAAGGCCUGGAGGACGUCCAGGACCAAGAGGAUCAGUCAACAAGCCCGGACCCUGCUGAAGCUGCACCUAGGCCAGGUGUGGAGGCCUCAGGAGGUGCCCAUGGGGACUCUCACAGCAGCUGGAGUGAGGCCCUGCUCCCUGGGUCCCGCCUGGAUGUGUCUGCCCCAUGGAGCCGGGUACUCCUCUCCCGCAGCUCCUCACAGCGACGCUCCCGGCCCUCUUUCCAACGGGGCUCAGCCUCUGAGCAGCAGGAGGAGCCUCCCAGCACCCCAUCGGCAGAAGAGCUGUCAGUUCCUGAGCAGGGAAUUCUCCAGCCAGAGGAACCCCCAGAGCCAAGCCCCUCAAGGCCUGAAGGGACCCCAGUGCCAACCAGGAGAAGGCUUCUGGGACAUGGGUUUGGUCUUGCACACCCCAGCAUGAUGCAGGAAUUGCAAGCCCGACUGGGCCGGCCAAAGCCCCAGUGACUGGGCCCUGAGUGAGGGGCAGAAGGCUCAGGUGAACCCUGCUCAGCCUGACUCUCUCUACUACUUUGGAUGCAUCCUUUCCACUCUCUGGGCCUUAGUUUCCUGGUGUGUCAUUCAUGGAGUGGACAGUACCAGAAGUCUGCAAGAACUAUGACCUUAAGGAAUCUGACUCUCCAGUGUGGCUGAUGUGCCACCUGCCCUGCUGGGACCACCUCUCACAGCCAUCCUUACUCUGCCCCACAACCUGUCUCAGUUAUCCAGAGGGCUGAGAGGGGACAGAGACUGUUCUCCCACAACCUUCCCUCUCUGACUGUCCCACUCCCCACCCCCACCUCUAAGCUCUUUAGAGAGCCGUGUAGGAGUAAUUCAAACCUCUGGGGUUGAAGCCAGCUGAAAGCAAAGGGGUUAGGGGGCCUACAGAGCUCCAUUUGCAGUCAAAGGUUGAUGGGAAGCAGACCAGCUGCCCCGAGCCUUCAAAAUGGGAGCUCAGUCUCAGUACUCUGAUGGUUACUAUGGCAAAAACCAGCUGAUCAAGCCAGAGUAGAGGAAGGUGGGCUAGGACCCCCAAAAUUUAGGAGUGGAGUCAUGUCCAGGAUGACCAGAGGCUGCAGACUCCAUUCCAGGCUCUCUUGCCUUUGGGUGUCAGGUACCCCUUCUCUGAAAAAUAACCAAGACAAAGAGAGGGUGAGAGUGCUUUAUUAGGCAUCCUGCAUGGCAGCCUAGCCUGAGGAUUACUGGUAGGUCCUAAAACAAUAAAUAAACCAUAAUUUCCCAAACAAUAAAUAAAUAUUCAAGAAAUAAAUAUC